AAUGGCAACCGAGUGCACUUCCGUCGCUUGUCAAGGAUGGGUUCUCUGACUGAGGGUGAAAUAGCACAGAUAGCGAGGCAGCAGAGAGAGGCUGGCGUGCAGAGGCUCAGCCGCCACUUCUCUUGGCCCGAGUUCUGCGACGAGCGGCGGUGCUUCCAUCAGGAGUUUGUGUACGACGUCGCCAUGUUCGCCGCCGCCCGUGGCUUCCCCUGGCCCGCCGUGAUCCGGGCAGCUGUUGUCGCCAGAGGCGUCUUCCCACAGCUGGACGGUCCCGAUGUACCCGGACUGUUGUCCAUGCUGAGAGACGCCCUGUCGGAGUGUUUGCCCAACCUCACCCCUGUCCACAGACAUGAGCUCACCCGGUUCCUCACGGGCACCUGCGUCAACCGGCGGAGGCUUUUCCAGGCGGCGGUGGGAGCUGCUGACACGUCCGUCGCUCAGCUACACUUGGAGGUGCAGUUGCCUCCCACACCCUGUCCCCUAGCGCAGGGCACAGAUCUGCAUGAGUGGGAGCAGCAGCGUCAUCAAGCCAAGCCGAGCUGA